AUGGCCACAUCGGUCGCCCAGAGCAUCCCGAUCGCCAUCCCUCGCCCGCCCACUUCCGGUAAUGAUGACCGAGCAGAUAAGAGUAGGAACUCUCAGAACCACUACAAUGGCCUGGCAGCCUCGCCCAACAAAUCCCUCAUUCCGAGCUCGCUGAGAGCAUCGGCAAGCUCGCUCAGUGGCGUAGUGCCCCGAGCCUCCUCCUUCACUACAUCUGAUUGCCAUGGAGGAUCUUACUCUCAAUCUCCCAGGGCCAGAGCUGCUCCGGCCAACUCCAUUCUGCUCAGAAGAGGCGCCGGACUAGGGCAAGAAUUUGACCAGACCGGGCUCGAUGUGGCGGAGACCGGGACUUCGCCCCGUAUGCUUUUGCCGCCCGCACCCGUUGUUACCCACAUCCCAGCUGUUCCAGUGGACGCUGCCGCUCAGAGGAAGAAGGAGCGCCGGGAGCGCGAGAAGCUCCGGGAGAAGGAGGAGCGAGAGCGUAGAGAGAGGGAGAUCAGGGAGAGGGAAUUAGAGCUGGCAGAUGCAAUCGAAGAGCAAGAGGAGAAGGUCUGGGGCAUCCCCAAGAAGGCCUUCUACUUUGGUCUGGGCUCCGUACCUGGCGCCAUCAACUUCAAUGCCCAGAUGGCCAUGAUGGCCGGGUGGGGCAAUGGCAGUGGAGGACAGGGGGAUUAUAUCCGAACGCCCAAUGACUCUCUCACGCGACCGCCCUACAAGUCGAGAACUAGCAGUGGCUCCACAAAGAGGCCCUCAUCUAGUCGUAGCGCCUCCUCAAGCACAAAGGCAGGCUCACAGAAAGCGAAACCCAGUCGUACGGCAGCAAAGAAGGAGGAAAAGGCAGCGGCGAACAAAGAGGCAAUCGAAGCACUGCGCUCUUCCAACUCGAGCUACAACAGUGCAUAUACAGAAAGCGAUGGCUCAGAGUCGGACGGUAUCGAUGCAGAGGAGCUGGCUGCGCUCAAUGCUAUCAUCAAUACCAGAAGGAGUAUGGCUGCAGCUCAAGCUUUAGCCAGCGGAGAGGUGAAGCUGCCAGCGCCCAAGCGACCUGUACGACCAUGCUUGGCAACUUUGCGGGCCGUCAGCAUGGACACCGUCGCAACCACCCCUUCGAGUACCUCAGACGUCACUUCCCCUGACGUGGCGGAUGACGCCGACGUGCCAGAGAGCAAGUCUCGACCGCCUUUCCGCAGGAACGAGUCGACAGAAAGUCAAUUGGAGGGCGCAGGAUCCUGCAAGAUCCGCUUUGCACCGCUGCCUAGGCCUUCGCCGAUCGACGACGAUGUGGAGAAUCUACCUCCCGGUGGAGAGUCUCUCAUAGAAGGUCAAAUCGACGAGAAAGGUCUUCCCCUCAGCGAAGCUCAAGCGAUGAAGGCUCUUAGCUCGAAGGAUGGCUCGGACAGUGAUGCCGACCCCGGAGGAGAAGACGGGGAUGAUCUUGACAGCGGUGACGAAAGCGAAUCCGAUUACGAAGACGUCGACGAAGCAGAAAAGUGGCGACGCAGGAUGAAGAAGUACAAGAGCAGAUGGUACAUGAUGGGGCUGCCUCCACAAGCAUUCAAGAGCGAAUAUUAUCGGUCCUGGAGAAAGUGGUCGAGCGACAAUGCUCAGCAGCAACCCUCAUCAAGGCCUGGCUCAGCCAGAAGCGAUCGUGAGGACACGCCAGGCUCUGUUGUUGAUAAGGUACAGACCUCUGCAGAGACUAAGCAGCAGCGUCGUCUGAGCACCGGUACGCUCGGUCUCAUGAGCAGCGCCGAGAUAGUGCGCAAGGCCGCAGGUGAAGUCCUCGACAAUACCGUGCAGACAUCGGCAGGAAGUCCUAAGCCUGCAGCGUCACCAGCUACUGACGGUAAGGCUCAACCGAGACGUGGUCGUCGCGGUCGUCGCAACAGUACUUCGCAGAAAGGCUCCUCGACCGCUCGCUCGGCUUCUGCUGGCUCAGCUGUCGACAAAGAAGAACGUAUGCGACGACGUCAGCUCAUCUUGGCAGCUCGGCCUGGCGGAACCGGCAUGGUGACGCUCCCCGACGGGACCAAGGUCCGAGCGAGAAGAGUCGAUGAUGCUGCUCCAGACGGAGAUGAUGGCUACCCUCAAGAAUGGGGCUUUGCAGGUCUUGCGAAGGCUCAGAAGCUCGAGGCCCCCGAAGAUGCGGCACAAGAUGACACGGAGGUGGAGCCCGAUGCCACUGAGGGCGGAGACGAAGAUGAGGUGCCACCUCCAAGGACAGCUUCUCCGACUGGAGCAGAUGCACUCUCUGAUGUCACGCCUCGCAACGCUAGUCCUGAUGGCCAAGACCGUGGCGCUGAGUCCAGACUCAGUCUGCAAGAGCGUGUCAGGCGUAGGCACGAAGCAGAGGUCGCUGCGUUGGGAGCCGAAGUUUUGGCUGCUCAUCGUAGGAAGGUCGGAGCGGCGAAAGAAAACGCAGCAGCAACAGGAACAGAAGCCACGACUGUCCCACCUGCAUCUGACGCUGGAACUACCGAACCGGCCACUGCUACUCAGCAGAAUGCCGAAGCAAAGAAGGAGGCGGUCAAGGCGCAAGAUCGUCCAGGAGCUACGGUUCGCAAAGAUUCUGUACCUCCUUCGAAGUACACUUGCCAGCCCUUGGCGAACAUCUUCCACCGCCGACCAAGCAGGUCUACUAGCCCACAAUCUGCUGCUGUCGCCUCGGAGUCCACAGCUCGUACGUCGGAUUCGCCAGAUGCUCGCGCUCAGCGACCCGAGAAGCCAGGUCGCAGCCGAAGCAAGACUUCCAAUGCCUCAUCGGAUCAUCUGCGGUCAUCCAUGGACGGCAGAUCCCUGGACUACAAUACGCCCCUAUACUCUCCUAUGCGCUCUUUGCCGCGCAAGCCUGACGCCAAGGGAUACGCCGUCGUUCCUCUUCCUAGUCAGCUGGGUGUAAGACCCGACCGACCUCGAGAAGGCAGAGUGUGGGAAUGGUCUGAUGAUGAGAGCAGCCUGAGUAGCGAAGCGGAGGAAGCUACUACGACUGCCAAAGGUGACAAAGGGGCAGAUGGAAGAGGAGCCGCUGAUGCAGGCGACCAAGAUGAAGACGAGACUACCAACAUGGACCUCAAUGAGGAGGAGAUGGCCGAGGAGGAACAGCGUAAAGCUGCUCACGCCAAGAGAGCCACUACAUCCGCUGCCGGACUGGAGAGGAUGCUUGUGAGGACCAAGAGCGGAGCUACUUCCACAAGUCUCGCUGCGACCAAUGCUAGAGGUCUUCCUGCCGUCCAGCGAACGAGGACACUGGACGGCGAGUUGUCUGCCAUUGCCGCUCGUGAUCAGUCAUCGCCUGCUCGACGCAUUGCCAGCACUGGUCUUACGAAGACACCAACGCAAUCACGCAGUGCAUCAAUGAGUGUACAGCCUAGUGGCGGCUUGUUGCCUGGAGCUUCAAUUCCCUCCCCGACUCGAUCCCGCAAGAAGACGUCUUCUCCUAGUGGAUCCCAGCCACCGGGGACUCGCUCGCGAGGCGGGGAAAGUGCCGCUGCGCAAGCAGACUCGAGCUCUACAGAAGACGACCAGAUGUGGUCUCGCAGCGUUCCCAGUGCGCUUGGAAUGGGACAAAGUCUCUCCCCUACCACCUCUCGUACUUCUCAGACGGGUUCCGUACGAAGUAGCCUACAGCCUACUUCUCCACCACUUCAUGCGCCGACUGCCUACUUUGGCGGUAGGACUUCCACAGAGCAACAGGAGAGGAGGAGGAGUAUGCGAAAGCCCUCUAUGGAGGGAGCACGAAGCAGAGAGAGGUCUGCCAAGAAACAGGCGGAGAGGGAUGAUGAUGCGAUGGAUUAUGGCUGGCCUAGUAGUCUCAAAGGCAGUCUUUACGAUCGAUGA